AUGGGGAUGCGCGCGCCCGUGUCACUGGGAGUGACGCCCGCAGGUCAGGUUCAAGUUGGCCAUUGGAACCCUGUGCCCCUGUCAACUGUGACAGACACCUCUGAUGCAACAGUAGGAGACAUGCUUCAAGAUCUUUACCAUGUCAUCACCUUAAGAAUAAAGCUACACAGUGUUUCUAAAUUAGAGGACUUGCCUGCUGAGCAAUGGACUCAUUCUACCGUCAGAAAUGCCCUGAAGGAGCUGCUAAAAGAAAUGAAUCAGAGCACACUGGCUAAAGAGUGUCCACUAUCUCAGAGCAUGAUUUCAUCAGUAGUGAACGGCACUUACUAUGCCAGCAUCUCUGCUGCGAGAUGUCAGGAGUUUGGCCAGUGGUACAAACACUACAAGAGGGCAAAAUCUAUGAUGGGUGACAUGAGCAGACAUUGCAGCCAAACAUCAUCCUCCAGCCAGCCCACCAUGUACCAGCAACCAAUGGAAGACAGUGGGGCGGAGUCACGUGGCGUUGUCCAGAUGCAGGCUGGAAUGCCUGGUCUGGUGAUGGCUCAGCUCUUGUCACAGCAGCACGCCAUGUCUCAGCUCCUCACACACGCUCACACGCACUCACACAGGCCUCAUCCUGCACCACUAAGGACUCCUCCCAAAUGCAAUGUGUCCCCACCCACAGUAGCUCAAUGUCCCUCACCUGUCACCGACGUGUCACCUGAAAUUUACCAUUGGGUGCGUGAGGAACUAAAGAGGGCGGGGAUUUCCCAAGCCGUGUUUGCACGAGUGGCCAUUAACAGGACUCAGGGCCUGCUAUCGGAGAUCUUGCGCAAGGAAGAAGACCCACGGUGUGCGUCUCAGUCUCUUUUAGUAAACCUUAGGGCCAUGCAGAACUUCCUGCAACUGCCACAGAGCCAGAGAGACUCAAUUUAUCUGGAGGAAAGAGAGCGUAACCUCAACUCUACCUACAACACCAAUACAAGCUCACCUCUGCCCAUUCAGGCAAAACUUUCACCUGUUUCCAAUGACACUGUAGUCAAAGUGGAAUGCGAUGAUUCUGGAAUAAACUACGGCAUCUAUGAUGACAUACAGCAGGAAAUGAGACGAGCAAAAGUGUCGCAGGCCUUGUUUGCAAAAGUGUCUGCAGCCAAGAGUCAGGGCUGGCUGUGUGAGCUCCUGCGCUGGAAGGAGGAGCCAUCGCCUCAGAAUCGUACACUGUGGGAAAAUCUGUCUCUGAUUCGCCAGUUCCUAAAUCUCAGCCAAUCAGAGCGAGAUGUUAUAUAUGACCAAGAGAGCAAUACCGGGCAGACUUUCUACUCAGAAAAGCACACAAGACCACUGACAGAACAACUACAAGUCAUGCAUAUGGUGCCUCUGAAUCAGCACCAACAACUGCAUAAAAUUCCACCUCAGCAUCAUCAACACUUCCUCCAGCAGCAUCUCAUCUCUGGACGUCUCAAAGACACUCACAUGGGCCCAAAUAUUGGAGGCAGGUCUUUACCACCAGAAGCCCAUGCAAUCCUGCAGAGUUUCAUUCAGGAAGUGGGACUACAUCCAGAUCAAGAGGCCAUUCAUACACUAUCUGCUCAACUAGGAGUAGCCAAAGAGGCUGUUCUCAGCUUUUUCAAUGGUCACAACUGGCUUAGACAGGAAGAGCAGGACAACAGAGGAGAAAGAGAGAUUGAGGAAAGGGAAGACGAUUACAUGGAGGCAGAGGAGGAAUGCAGGGAUACAAUGGAAAACGAUGAGGAGACAAAUGCAAACAUGAUGACAGGGAAACAAGAUGGUGUGGUGGAGCAAAAUGCAUCUACACAAACUCGCUUUAUCAUUACUAUUAAAAAAGAAGAGGAGGUUCCAUGUAAGGAGGAGCGUGAUGAUAGUCCCGCCUACUGCCAAUUCAUAAACUCCUAAAAACGGCAUACACUACCAUUCAAAAGUUUG